AUGGAGAAUGGCGGACCUUCUUCGCUUGAAACAGCCAACUCGCUGUCGGCGGCAGCAAUUGCAGCCGCACAAGUACGCACAUUAUUUGUCUCAGGUUUGCCGAUGGAUACGAAACCGCGCGAACUCUAUUUACUGUUCCGGGCUUGCCCGGGCUACGAAGGAUCGCAGCUGCGGGUUACGUCCAAGAAUGGCAAAACCGCUUCUCCAGUGGGAUUUGUGACAUUUUCAUCUAAAGCUGAAAUGGAGGAAGCGCGCGUGGCGUUGCAGGGUGUCCGGUUUGAUCCGGAAAGCAGCCAGACGAUUCGUCUAGAACCAGCGCACAGCAAUACGAAAGUUUCGAAACCGAAGCAGCAGAUUUCGCCGCCGGGAGUUCUUCAACCUCCUCCACCUGCAGCGGGUGCACUUGCACCAAACGUUCUGAAUUUUCAAGCCGCCGCUGCGGCCGCAGCAGCUGCAGCAGUAGCACCCCAGCAGUUCCUUGCCGCUGCGGGUGCUGCACCACCCCCGCCACCAAUAUCUACCUCACAUCACGAUCUGGUCAACAGUUUUGCCAGCGAUUCACAUGUCUCACAGUUAUUCAACGAUGCUCAUCAACUGCUUAUUCCAGCAAUGCCGCAAUUCGGUGCACCACAUCCGACACAUUUCUUGCUCUCGAACGCCACUGGCUUGCCGAUCCCGCCUGCUGCUGCGACGCCUGCAGCUGCUGCGGCAUUGUUGCAGCCGAAUGCUGCUUUCACCCAUCUGGCAGCUGCACAGUUGAAUGCCGUAGCAACCGCGAAUGCAGCAGCCGCUGCCGUUGCCGCAGCUUCUACACCAGCUUGCUCCACGUUAUUUGUCGCUAAUCUUGGAUCGGGUGUAAGGGAGGACGAUUUAAAAGCGGUACGUUUUUAUAUUUGGAGCCUAUGGUAA